AUGUCUAAGGGAAAAGUUUGCUUGGCCUACUCCGGUGGUUUGGACACCUCUGUCAUUCUCGCCUGGUUGCUUGAAGAGGGCUACGAAGUUGUGGCCUUCUUGGCUAACAUUGGUCAAGAAGAGGACUUUGAGGCUGCUGAGAAGAAGGCUUUGGCCAUUGGUGCUACCAAGUUCGUUGUUGUCGAUGUCAGAAAGCAAUUCGUCGAGGAUGUGUGCUUCCCAGCCAUCCAGACCAACGCUAUCUAUGAGAAUGUCUACCUUUUGGGUACUUCUUUGGCUAGACCAGUGAUUGCUCAAGCCCAGAUCCAGGUUGCCGAACAGGAGGGAUGUUUCGCUGUCUCUCACGGCUGUACCGGUAAGGGUAACGACCAGGUUCGUUUCGAGUUGUCUUUCUACGCCUUGAAGCCAGACGUUGUUGUCAUUGCUCCAUGGAGAGACCCAGAGUUCUUCAACAGAUUUGCUGGUAGAAAGGACUUGUUGGACUACGCUGCUUCGAAGAACAUUCCAGUGGCUCAGACCAAGGCUAAGCCAUGGUCUACUGACGAGAACUUGGCCCACAUCUCCUUUGAGGCUGGUAUCUUGGAGGACCCAAACACCACUCCACCAAAGGACAUGUGGAAGUUGACUGUGGACCCACAGGAUGCUCCUGAGACUCCAGAGGACUUCUCCGUUGUUUUCGAGAAGGGUUUGCCCGUCAAGUUGGUUUUGGACGGUGGUAAGAAGGUUGUCACCGAGCCAGUUGAGUUGUUCACUGAGGCCAACGCUUUGGCCAGAAGAAACGGUGUGGGCAGAAUCGAUAUUGUCGAGAACAGAUUCAUUGGUAUCAAGUCCAGAGGCUGUUACGAGACUCCAGGUUUGACCAUCUUGAGAAACACUCACAUUGACUUGGAGGGUUUGACCUUGGACAGAGAGGUGAGAGCCUUGAGAGACCAGUUUGUCACCGUCUCCUACUCCAAGUUGUUGUACAACGGUAUGUACUUCACUCCAGAGUGUGAGUAUGUCAGAGCCAUGAUUGCUCCAUCCCAGAAGACCGUCAACGGUACUGUCAGAGCCAGAUGUUACAAGGGUUCCGUGAUCAUCUUGGGUAGAUUCUCCGAGACUGAGAAGUUGUACGACGAGACUGAGUCUUCUAUGGACGAAUUGACUGGUUUCUCUCCAGAGGACACUUCUGGAUUCAUUGCUGUGCAAUCGAUCAGAAUCAAGAAGUUUGGUGAAGCUGUUAGAGAGAAGGGUGCCAAGUUGGAGUUGUAG